AGCCGGCGGCGCCAGGCGAAGGUCACGGCAGCGCUGCGGGGAUGGCGGCGGCGGCGGCCGGCGGCUGCCGGAAGUGUCUCAUCACUGGGCUCUGGCUCACCUCCAGGAGAUACCCAGGUCCUUCCCUCCACAGGGGCACAGUGUAUGGAUUGAGCAGGCCUGGGCUGGAGCUCCUCCAGUCUAGAUGCUAUGCUUCAGGAGGAAGGAAAGGUUUUAUCUCAGGCUUUGUGGAGAACAUCAAACAGGAGCUGGCAAAGAACAAAGAGAUGAAAGAAAGCAUCAAGAAAUUUCGGGAUGAGGCUAAAAAACUGGAGGAGUCUGAUGCCCUUCGGGAAGCAAGGAGGAAAUAUAAAAGCAUCGAGUCUGAAACAGUGAAAACCUCAGAGGUGAUUAAAAAGAAGCUUGAAGAAAUCACUGGCACAGUUAAAGAGAGUUUGGAUGAAGUCAGCAGGAGUGACCUUGGGCGGAAGAUAAAGGAAGGGGUGGAAGAAGCAGCAAAGACAGCAAAGCAAUCUGCUGAGUCUGUCAGCAAAGGAGGGGAGAAGCUGGGCAAGACAGCAGCCUUCAAAGCUAUUUCUCAGGGAGUAGAAAGUGUGAAGAAGGAGCUGGAUGAAAGUGUUCUGGGGCAGAGUGGCCCUUACAGGCGGCCGGAGCGGCUGCGCAAGAGGACAGAGUACUCAGGAGACAGCAUGAAAGAGGAGAGAGUCUUUGAAGCUAAUGAGGAGGCCAUGGGUGUGGUGCUGCACAAGGACUCCAAGUGGUAUCAGCAGUGGAAGGAUUUCAAGGACAACAAUGUGGUCUUCAACAGGUUCUUUGAAAUGAAAAUGAAGUACGAUGAGAGUGACAAUGCCUUCAUCCGAGCCUCCCGAGCUGUCACAGACAAGGUCACUGACUUAAUAGGUGGUUUGUUCUCCAAGACAGAAAUGUCUGAAGUCUUGACAGAGAUCCUCAAAGUGGAUCCCUCCUUCGACAAGGAUCGGUUCCUGAAGCAGUGCGAGCGAGACAUCAUCCCCAACGUGCUGGAGGCUCUGAUCUCUGGGGAACUUGACAUCCUCAAGGACUGGUGCUAUGAAGCGACUUACAGCCAACUUGCCCACCCAAUCCAGCAAGCCAAAGCCAUGGGGCUGCAGUUCCACUCCAGGAUUCUGGACAUUGACAACCUUGAUUUGGCCAUGGGGAAGAUGAUGGAGCAGGGACCAGUGCUGAUCAUCACCUUCCAGGCUCAGGUGGUGAUGGUGAUCAAGAACCAGAGCGGGGAGGUGGUGGAAGGAGAUCCAGACAAGGUGCUGAGGAUGCUCUAUGUGUGGGCACUCUGCAGGGACCAGCAUGAGCUCAACCCCUACGCUGCCUGGAGGCUCUUGGACAUUUCCUCCUCAAGCACUGAGCAGGUUCUCUGAUUGCUGCCCCCCAAAAGGGGCUUCCUGCACCUCUCUUGCCACGUUGCCAUCUCUGGACUUGCACCACCCUGGUGGACUGUGUGGGAAAGAGGCUGGACUGGUCCCUUGCAGCCCCAGAGCCUGUUGGCUGUGCCCUCAUUAUACCAAUCUGAGCAGUCUGCCCUCUCUGCCUUAGCCUCCCUGUGUCCUGGCACACCAAGGGUGGCUGCUAGGGCCCAGCUUGGGGUGAGCUGAGACAGCAGCAGCUGCUGUUGGCUCCUCCUCUAGCUCUGCCUUGGGCUCUGUCUGUUUCUCAGUGCUUCCAGUGCUGGCCAGAGGUGGCUGUGGGAGAGUUGAGAUGUGCCAGGUCUGGUGCCCAUCCUCCAUCAUCCUUUGGUGGCCUCACAGCACUCCUGAGAAGAUCUUGGAGGUGCUUUUAAGGCACAGUGGUCUCAGCUCCAUCCCGUGGAGGGGUACACCAAGGAGCCUUCUCUCACUGCAGUGUCUUGCACUUCACCAAGCCAAAUCCCCCCCCCAGGCCUUUGCAGGUGGCUCUGGUGUGGUCUGGAGGUAGUUGGCAUCACCAGGAAGCUCCUGGAGGUUGGGUGCAGGGCUGGAGUGUGCUGCCAGGGAGCUUUACCCACAGCUUUAGGGUGAGACACUGCUGUUGUGUGGGGGGAGUCCUGGUCACUGUCAGCUGGUGCCAGGGACAGGCACACAGCAGAGCAGGAGCUGGGCUGGGCCUGGCCUUGAGGGGGCACCCAGAGGGGGAGCAGUGGUGAGGAGCAGGGAUGGAGCAGCAGAGGAAUCUGACAGGCAGCAGCAGGUAGAAGAUCACCUCCUGGAGCUCAGGGGCUGGGGGAGAGGAGACAAAGGCUGGGGGAGGUCCAGUCCCAGUGUGGCUUUCUUCUGCAGGGUGGGGGGGGAUGGGGACCUGAGCUUCAGGAGGUGUCCCAACUGGCCCAGGGCUUGCAGGCAGCACUGGAAGAUGCUGGAGGCUGAGCUCCUGGCACACAGACUCCAGGUUCUGGGCUUCUGCUGGAGGCUUGGUUUGGGAGCUGUGCCCUGGGGGCAUGCAGCAGCUGCCUGCUGGCCAUGCAGAGAGGUGUUGGGGGGCAGAAGAAGUGCAGGGGGGGGACAGGGAAUGAAAGGACUCCUCUGCUGCCAUGGGCACCUGGCAGGGCCCUUCCUUCCUCUGAUGAUUAAAGACAUGGAUUGCCAGCUCA